UGCACCUGGGCUAGACAUCUUCCUGUUUGUCUCCUUCUAACACAGACCUCCUUGGCACCCUGAACCUUCAGUUUCUGAAGCAGCCAUGCCUUUGACUGAGAGUGUCAGGGGUCUCCAGGGAGCUGUUUCCCUCAAACUGGACUUCAUGUCACCUCCUGAAAGUGCCAAGGAGCUGCAGAACAAGGCCUCCAGCUUCUUGGAAGGAAGCCCUUCAGAGUCACCGGGCUUGCAGAAGACCAAGGGCAUAACAGGGUUCCAGACCUUGGUUCACUUGGUGAAAGGCAACAUGGGCACAGGGAUCCUGGGGCUCCCCCUGGCCAUAAAGAAUGCAGGCAUCCUGAUGGGCCCGCUCAGUGUGCUGGCAAUGGGCUUCGUCGCCUGUCACUGUAUGCACAUCCUGGUCAGGUGUGCCCGGCACUUCUGCCACAGGCUUAACAAGCCCUUUAUGGACUAUGGGGAUACAGUGAUGCAUGGACUAGAAUCCAGUCCCAGCUCCUGGCUCCAGAACCACGCCCACUGGGGAAGGUGUGUCGUGAUCUUCUUCCUUACAGUCACCCAGCUGGGCUUCUGCUGUGCAUACAUUGUGUUUGUGGCUGAUAAUUUAAAGCAGGUAGUGGAGGCCAUUAAUGGUACAACGAACAACUGCCAUCACAAUGAGACAGUGACACUGACACCCACCAUGGACUCGAGGCUCUACAUGCUCUCCUUCUUGCCCUUCCUGGUGCUGUUGGUCCUCAUCCAGAACCUCAGGGUCCUGAGCAUCUUCUCGCUGUUGGCCAACAUCAGCAUGCUGGUCAGCCUGGUCAUCAUUAUCCAGUACAUCGUCCAGGGAAUUCCAGACCCCGGCAGGUUGCCACUGGUAGCAAGUUGGAAGACCUACCCUCUCUUCUUUGGAACAGCUAUGUUUUCAUUUGAAAGCAUUGGUGUGGUUCUGCCUCUGGAGAACAAUAUGAAGGACGCCCGCCGCUUCCCGGCCAUCCUGUCUUUGGGAAUGUUCAUCAUCACUACCCUGUAUGUCGUCAUCGGGGCUCUGGGGUACCUGAAGUUUGGAGACGACAUCAAGGCCAGCAUAACCCUCAACCUGCCCAACUGCUGGUUGUACCAGUCGGUCAAGCUCCUCUAUAUCGUUGGCAUCCUGUGCACCUACUCCCUGCAGUUCUACGUCCCUGCAGAAAUCAUCAUCCCUUUCAUCCUCUCCCGAGUACCAAAGCGCCAGGCACAGGUUCUGGACUUAUCCAUCCGCCUCACCAUGGUCUGCCUAACAUGUUCCAUAGCCAUCCUCAUCCCCCGCCUGGACCUGGUCCUCACCCUGGUGGGCUCCGUGAGCGGCAGCGCCCUGGCCCUCGUCAUCCCGCCCCUCCUGGAGAUCACUACCUACUACUCAGAGGGCAUGAGCCCCUUCACCAUCACCAAGGACGCCCUGAUCAGCAUCCUGGGCUUUGUGGGCUUUGUGGCGGGGACCUACCAGGCCAUCCACGAGCUGAUCCAGCCGGCACACUCUCUCACCUUCCCCAACUCCACCAUGUUCCUUCAGUGGGAACAACACUGCUCCUCACCCCCCUGCCCCUAA